GUUUCGCUUUCGACAUCCCGGGCUGCACACACGUAAUCACAGCUUUCCUUCGCGGUACUUUUCGUCCAGCCGCGCCGUCAGCCUGGACUCGAAGAGAGCCCAUUAGAGACUCGUAAAGUGAUUGUGCACCAUGUCAACAUCAGUCUCGACGACAGCCGCCACGGCGGAUGGUCUCGUCCUUCCAGAGCCGCAACGACUGUCGAUUCUCCACGGCCCUACGGACCCGCCCCUCGUCGAUCUCACACUAGGCGAGUUGCUCAACCUGCAGUGUUUGCAUCACGGGACGCAAGAGGGGCUCGUCAUCCCCUGGACGGGCGCGCGAUGGACGUACAACGAGCUCAAUCAACACAGCAGGCUGGUGGCGGCGGCGCUGUUGGGGAUGGGCAUCGGCGUCGGUGACCGGGUGGGCAUCAUGGCGGGUAACUGCGAGCAGUACGUGUCCGUCUUCUUCGCGGCCACUCGCAUCGGCGCCAUUCUCGUCAUCCUCAACAACACGUAUACGCCCACUGAGGCCCAGUACGCGCUGGACUUUUCAGACUGCAAGGUGCUCUUCACAACGAAGCGGAUUGGCCGCCUCGACAACGCCCCCCUGCUCACACAGCUCGCGGCGAGAGCGGCGCCGGGACCCAAAGUCUUCAUUCUCCGGGGCGACUCGGAGGGGCAUAGGACUUACCAGGACGUGUUGGCUGACGGCUCCAAGGCCAGCAACCCGGCGCGCCUCCAAGACGCCGAGCGCAAGGUGCUGCCUCAUUUGGUGUGCAACCUCCAGUUCACAAGCGGCACCACGGGGUUACCAAAGGCAGCCAUGCUUACUCACCACAACAUUGUGAACAACGCCCGCUUCAUCGGCGACCGCAUGCGGCUGACGCCAGACGACGUCCUGUGCUGCCCGCCGCCACUGUUCCACUGCUUCGGGCUCGUGCUCGGGCUCAUGGCCGUCAUGACGCACGGGGCCAAAAUUGUGUACCCGGCCGAGGUGUUCGACGCGGGGGCGACGCUGCGGGCCAUCGUCGACGAGCAGUGCACGGCGGUGCACGGGGUGCCGGCCAUGUUCGACAGCAUCCUGGCGCUGCCCGAAGCGAAGAGCCUCUCGGCGGCGGGGCUGCGGCUGCGGACGGGCAUCAUCGCGGGGGCGCCGGUGCCGCGGUACUUGAUGGAGCAGCUCGUGUCGCGGCUAGGGAUGCGCGAGUUCACGUCGAGCUACGGGCUGACCGAGGCGUCGCCGACGUGCUUCAACGCCUUCACCGACGACGCGGUGGCCACGCGGCUAACCACGGUCGGCACGUUGAUGCCGCACGCCCAUGCCAAGAUUGUCGACGCCGACGGCCGCGUCGUGCCCCUGGGGGUCCGCGGCGAGCUCUGCAUCGGCGGCUACCAGCUGCAGGCCGGCUACUGGAACAACUCGGCCAAGACGGCCGAGGUCAUGGCCCGCGACGAGGCCGGUGUCUUGUGGCUGCACACGGGCGACGAGGCCGUGUUUGACGAGCGCGGCUACUGCACCAUAACGGGACGCUUCAAGGACAUUAUCAUCCGAGGCGGCGAGAACAUUUAUCCAUUGGAGAUUGAAGAGCGGCUCGUAGCCCACCCGGCUAUCUCGGUUGCCGUCGUCGUCGGGCUCAAGGACGCCCACUACGGCGAGGUGGUGGCUACCUUUCUCGGUCUCGAGGACGGCCACGCGCGGCCCGCGCGAGGUGAGGUUCGCGACUGGGUGCGGCGACAUCUCGGCAAACACAAGGCGCCGACGCACGUCUUUUGGUUUGGGAUCGACGGCGUGCCGCCCUCGGCGCCUCUGACGGGCAGCGGCAAGGUGCGCAAGUUUGAAAUGGCGCAGCUGGGGAACAAGCUUCUGGAGGCAGCGCCGGUAGCAAAGCUGUGAGGUGAGCGGUAAUAAGUAAUCGAUAGGUUUAAUCGUGCUCAUAGUCAGGGCGCUGGGAAUUGAGGUUUGGGUGCGCAAAAGAAAAGUUCGGCAUUGGUGCGGCAUUCUCAUGCGGUUAUCAUC